UCAAACAAGGGACGAACGAAGUGGGGACUGGGGACUUGGUUUGUUUAUCAAUCAAAUCGAGUCGGGACAGUAAAAUUGUUGUGUGUUCGUGCUGUCGAAAUUUUGUUUGAAUCGUAAUAACUCGUGAAUCGUGGUAACUUGAUAACAAAAACUAUUUUCUGGUGUUCCUGUUAGAGGAUAUUAAAGUUCAGAACAUUUAAAAAUUUAAAUUCGUGUGCGAUCGGUGAGACGUGCACCGCGGCAAGUAGCGGAAUCAGUUGGGUGUCGCUGGCAGCGGGGUGUUCCGAGGUGGUCGCAGAAGUGGCGAUGGUGACGGAGGGAGACGCGGGCGCGGGGGGCGACGGCCUCAUCGCCCCGCGCCGGCUGCCUAACCCUUGCACGGAGAACCCCGUGCGCAUGGACCUGCAUAGGGAGCUGCUCUUCAAUCAGAGGAUAGGGAAAAAUGUCCUGAACCAGAAGAGCGAACUACAGAAAGCUCUCUCGAAACACAAAGAGAAGCAACUAAUGAAUCAAGUGAAGGAACACAGAGAAACACCAGAGUUAGAAAGAGCGAUAGCAGAGCGAGCCCGCAGAAUCGAGCAAGCCGGGCAGCCUACAGAAGCAAUAGACCCGGCAACGAAUCCGACCCUGCAAGAGAUUCGUGCUCGCCUGCGACACACAGCGCCAUCUCCCGCUGCCUCCGCGCACUAACUGCUAAAGUACGCGCCAGAAUCAUCAUCUAUUUUUAAUUUCAUUACUGCGAUUUAGUUCUAGUAUAUUAUGUUUUAUCUACGAUAUAGUUUCUGAUGUCGCCACUAGAGGCGUUAUUUAUAGGCAUACUGAAUGCUAUUAUCAAUGAUAAUAAUAUUUACACUCGUGUUGUCUAUGUAAUUAUAAUAUCUUACGGGCUUACAAAUAAACUUGAUAUAAAAUAAUACCUGAGAAUAGUCCAAGAAUACGAAUAAAGUUGACUAUAUCGCUGACAACACUGUCAAAUACAUUGAUUAUUCUGAAGUUUUCCGAAUGUCGACCAGCCUUGCAAAUAAACGCGGGAAACGUUAUAACAUCCGGAUAAACCAAUCAUAAGCAAAAUAUCUAUUUGUAAACAUUUCGCAUUUUCUUUGGUUAUUCUCAGGAAUAAUUUAUACCAAGUUUAUUUGUAAGGCCGUUAGUGUGUAUGCGCAUAAUUUAUUCUUCAAAUAUCCUCUCGAAAACCUGCUGGCAGAGUUAUUAAACAAUUAUAUCAUUCAAUGCGUUUAGGAAUUUGUAUGCUAACAUAUGAAGUUGAGAAUAAAGUAUUCAGUGAGGAACAAUAUCCCGACACCCUGUAGAGUAUCCCUAUCUAUAAAUCGCAUAGGAUGUGAGGUAAUAUCACUAUUUUCGCAUGAGUAGGUACAAGGGGUAUUCCUAACAUAUGAUUAUAAUAAUAUAUUUCAAAGAACUGGUGUCGGAAUAUAUUCAUGUGAAGCUAACGUGCCAAUAAUAUUGGUUGUAAAAGUAUUAUCAUAUAUUAGAUAUGAAAAUAAUUACUUUUUAGACAAACAUUAUAAUCUCUGCAAAAUUGCUACACCAUCAUUCUUAAAGUAUUUUUGCCCUGCUUUCAUAAGCGAUAAUCUAUAUAUCUGAGGGCACAUAUUUUUGUAAACCUUUAUUUGUUGAAGGUUCAAGUAGAUAGGUACACUUAGGACUUACAUUAUUUCUGUAUGCUAAAAAUAUUUGUCAACAUAUUGUUACACCAUAUAUCUGUUUUUAUAAAUACAGACCUAGAUUUCAAAUGGAUUCAUUUAUCUUUAAACUUUCGAGUAUUGAUUAUAUAGAUGUUCUACAAAGUUGCGAAAUUAAUGUAGAGAUUUCAUACUUUAAAAAAAUAUGUUCAAAAAAAGUAUUGUACCUGUAGAUUGAGUUUCUUAAAUUUUUCACAUCAAACCCCAAUAAGCAAACAAAGUAGAGUAAAACUCCUGUCAUUAAAAUAGUAGUAAAUGAUAUUAUUGUAGAAGUUAAGAUGUAUUUAGCUUUAACAGAGAAUGGCUAUAACAAAUUUAUGGUACAUACCUACAUACUUGUUUAGUAUUGCGGUGUUAAAGUAUUCAUGAUAAAGUAACAUAAACUUUGCCAUCAAAGCUUUGCUUUUUUAUUAAACAUAAUCAACGAUAAAAGUAUUGAUUUCUUUUUAAAAAGCCAUGCCUGCUAAUGUGGGAUAGGUAAGAUGCAUCUUUUUAAAAAGUUGUAUAUUGACAUUUCUAAAGUUCAUUAUUAAAAAUUCAAAUCUGUUUAAAAGAGAUGCCUGCUGAUGUGGUAUAGACAAGAUACAUCUUAUAAGAAGGUACAUAUUUACAUUUGUAAAGUUGAUCAUUAAUAAUUCAAAUCUUCCAGAAAGAUUUACAACUUAAAGCCAGGUAAAUAUUGUGUUUAAAAGAGUUGCCUGCUGAUGUGGUAUAGACAAGAUACAUCUAUAAGGCAGGUACAUAUUUACAUUAGUAAAGUUGAUCAUUAAUAAUUCAAAUCUUCCAGAGAGAUUUAUAAUUUUGGACAGAUAAGUCCCAUAUGUAAUUGAUAACAAUAUUCAUGGCAUUCUUGGUUUUGUGGAAUUAUAUAUUAUAGAAUAUAUAUAUCUUAUCUAAAAUAUCCAAGAAUAAUUAUUGUUCGUUGGAGAUGUAGGUAGCUGAAGUAGGUACUUUAUGUUCUUGUUAUCACCGAAGUAAUUCACUUAAAGUGUCACAAACGUAACAGUUGUUUUGUAUGUUUGUCUGUUUGUAUCAUGUGACUUCCCCCUAUUUCCCCUAGUACUCUGUGUUAAGAUAUUAUGUUAGUUAAGAAUAAUUUAAUUUUGUUUUGUUACCAAAAAUAUACUUUAUAUAGUUGAUUGUACAUUGACUGAGUGUAUUGUAACGUUAAGGGUAAUGUCGACUUCUAGAAGUAGGUACAUACAUACAUAUUUUUCUAAACCUUUUUGACGUCAUAAUAGUAGUUUGUAUGCAUGUUUCGUAUCGCGCACUCUGUCUCAGGACUGCACAUUUAUAACUCUAUAUUAUACUCCAAUACUAGUCCAAUGAAUUCAAAAUGGCGUCUUCGAGAUAAUUAAUAAACCAGUGGCUAUUUAGAUUUAAAAAUCAAGAUUUUUCAAUUUAAGAAUCAAAUUCUAGAGGCUUCAAAUUAUUCACGACACUAAAUGAGUGUGCUAACACUUUGCGGGUAUGUUGAAUAUCGACUGUGUUUUUGUUAUCACAGAUUUUUCAGAGUAUUAUAAUAAAAUAUAUUUUAUUUGAUUAUAAAAGCCGGGUAGAAAUAUUUCUUUAUAACAACACCACCUACCGGAUCCUACUAUAACUAUGCUCCAUCAUGUAAAUUGGUAGCGUUCAAGACGUUUAGAAUGAAUGAAAGAAAAAUCAUUUAAUCUGCAACUUAAACCUAGUAUACAAGUAGACUUAUUUAUAAAUUUAUAUUAAAAAUGUAGAAUUGGAGUUCACCUCAGCAUAAAAGUAAAUAUUAUAAAGCGUGGUUUUCACUGCUCGUAGACUUCGAGCUUGGACGAUACUCGUAUAGUGUAAACACGUGCUCCGAGCGCACCCGAACCACGGUAUCCAAUCCGAACGGAUUCUUACACAAAAUGGCGUCAUCUAAGAGAAAGCGGAAUAAACUAUUAUUAUAAAACAUAAGAUUGACUUAUGAAGAUAUUUUUUCCUGAAAUUGCAUAUCUGCUUUCUGUAUAUUUGCAGGUUUUUAGAUAUCAUGUUUAAUUUAUGGUAGCACCAAGCAGAAAAUGUAAGCUUGUGAUUUUGUUCCAAACUUCUUUUGUUUCUGCUUUCUCUCCCUAUUAUAAUAUUGUUUUUAGUAAUAACUAGUUACUAACCUGUUUGUUACCACUUCAAUACCUCACAGCAACAUAAACGGUUGUUGUCAUAUUGUAAAUCAAAUUCAAAUAAGUUUAUUUAAAAUAGGAUAUGAAAUUUCUUCCACAUCAAAAACUAUCAUCACCCAUUCAAAAGUUUAUGCCUCAGAACUGAGAAGAAUGGUCGCAAGAAACUCAGGUUUAUUCCUUUUAAAGUUAUACUUCUUUAGGCGCGUUAUGAAAAAAUGGUGAGAGUGAAAUUUUAAAAUGCGCGCGCAUCACUGUAACACAAAAGUAGCAGGGUGAAGUUGGUACCUAAAAUUUUGUGAAGCUUGCGUCAUUCGUUAUUUUUUUUUUUGGUUUCUUCGUCCAUUAUUAGGACAGGCAAAGGGUUCAAGCCCAUACAGCCUUUGCAAGAUUUUUACAAAAUUAUUCUUUCUAAAAACGGAGAAUAGCACGAGGAAUAAAUAAAUUUAAUGAUUUUUGCUUCGUUAGGCCAAAGAAGUAUAACUUCUUGUGUGCAUACAUAAGUACACACCCUUUUUUAUAUAAAAUUACGUUACAAUCAAAAUAAUCGCUAUCUCUCCAUUCCUAAUCUGUGGUAUCAUUAAGAAAGUCAUUAUUCACCUUUACCACAUAAACGUCUUUUAGCAACUCUUUUGAAUUUUGUAAUACAUUUAUAUUGAAAAUUUUGUUAAACCAUAAUCGCCCCUCAAAAUACUUACCACUCGACUUAGCCGAGUACAAGGCAUAACAAGUUUAUAUUUGGUCUUGGUGUUAACGUUAUGAUUAUCUCAGUGUCUAGGAAUUUGGCUCAUGUGCCUAAGUACAAACACGAUAUUAUCAAGAAUAUUUUUUAUUUAUUUACAAAAUACUCGGACUUUGCUCUUAGAUGUGUUCUAAUCUCUGUCCUAAUGUUAAUUCUGUGAAGUAUAUUCCUCGGAUAGUGAAAACCCCUCUUAAGAAUUUAUAGACUUGUUUGGAAAGAAAAGGCCUACGAUUACAUUUAAGGGUUAAAUAUUACGGAUACAAUGUGCAGUCCUUGUAGAAUCUAAUCACGAUAUCAUAAGUACUCAGGUAGAAUCACUUCACAAGUACUUCAAGGAAGUAGUUAAUUGUUAAUAAUAUAUCAUUUAGAACUAUAUUUAAAUAGUACAUUCAUAUUUUGAAAUAACGUAGAGGUCUUAUAGUGAUAAAUAUUUCAAAUUAAAUAUUUUCCCAUACAAUAUUAAAUAUUUUAUAUAAUACAUUUGAUUGUUGUUAGAUCCCCAUGUAGCUGACCAGUUUGUUCGAAGUGUUCAUGAAAGUGAUAGAUUGAAGAGAUAUUUUUGUAAUUUUUGUAAUACCUAUAAAUCCUAUUUAUCCUAUAUUUAUUUAUAUAUCUUAGAUCAUUAAUACAUCUAGAGACAGCUGUGAAAACGUCGAAAAAAUUUUGUGUAGAGUUUAGAGUUCUCUCUAUAUUGAGCAAUGCAUGCACACUUACAUUAAGUGUCAUACAAAUCGCGAGUGUAACACUUAAGUGUUAAACCUGGCCUGUUUUUUAUCGGUUGUCUAAUAGCAAGAGAAUAUCUAGACGUAUUAAUCAACUAAGAUUUAUACCAUAGCUCAUUCAGGUCUUCAAGUAUUUAAAACCAGACCUUCCAUAGAAAUAGGCAGUAGAAAGUCGACUUAGCGUAAACAUGUAAUGAGUAGACAGAUCAAUACGAUCUAUCGUAUAGGUACGCUUUUGCACGGAUCUUAAACGGUAAGCGAAACUAAAAAAUAACGUGUGUGCGAAAGACCAAACGACAGAAAGGCAAACUUCAUCAAGGCGAAGCUAAUUAUUUUUGCACCGAAUGGGUCUGUCAUAGUUGAUUCGAGCCGACUUUACCCGAUCGAGUGUUAUAUAGCCAAGCGUGAUGGUUAAAGCUGCCAUAAACUUAUAGAAGUGGUUUGAAGGUUUGGGAGCCGGUGUAUCAAAUCACGUGAAUUAACUACCAAAUUCCGGUGACGGUAAGGUCGGUUUGAUAUGAAUUAGUACGACUCGCAACAUAUUGAUACUGUUGGGCAAAUGAUACCACUUGCUUAAUAUAACAAGCUAGAUAUUUGCUCGUUCAGUCACUUAAUUCUAUAAAACAGUAAUAUUGCUAUCAAAUCACUAAGUUCGAUGUGCGCACGCCCCCUCCCUCCGCGCUCCCCUGCCAAAGAGACCCAAAUUUUUACUUCUACGCAUUCAAUACCACCGUUUAGGAUCCGUGCCAGAGCCUAACUCAACAAUAAAUCUUAUGGACUAUAAUAUUGUUGUAACAUAGAGAAUCUCCGAAACAUUAGUUUAAUUAUAGCGAAGUCCAAUGCAAUACAAAUUUAACUUCUAGUCUUUACGUAAAGAUUUCGAUAGGUCCACCAAUCCGCCAUAUAAUUUCGGAUUUUCUCGUGUUUAGAUAACCCAAUUGACAUUUAUUUCUCCAUCGUGCCUGUUAGUGGUUAUUGUUGAUUAUUUUCAUACUAUAAAUUUUAUGAAUUGUAUAUAAAUUAUUGUAUCGCGAAAAGGACGACGAUUCUCAUAGUUUCGGAAUAAGGUUAUAACACCAUUCCACUUGUUACUAUCACACGAAUAGUUUUCAAAACUUCCGUUGUUUUAUUAAUUUAGUACAAAAAGGCGUCAGCGUGUGGAAGCUUGUUUUGGCUUGUCUUAGAAGCUGUGUGUAUCGUGGCCAUUUUUAGUUUGUUAUUUGUGAAUAAUAUGUAUAGGUUAAGGUUUUGUAAUGAAGUUGAUUGUAUCAGAAUUAAAACCAAUAAAAGUGUUUUAGCA